CUUCUCUCUGUCAUCUGUCUGUUAAUCUGUGACUGAGCGUUUUCUCUGCCGCUGAACGCGGUCUCAGCUAAACUUCUGUCACUAAGAUGCUAGAAGCCAACGUGGAAAUACAUCCAGCAAAUCUCCAUUUUGGUAUGACUGUAUUUGUGCAUUGUGUGCGAGCGGGACGCGAUAUAUUUACACGUACGUGUUUCGCGUACGCUUAAUAAUUAUAAAUAAAGUGCACGUAUUCCGUGCGUUAAUGCAUCACUGGACGAUAGACAAUAGGUGAUACACGACGAUUCAUCGCGAAGUCAUACAGCACGAGAUGCGACCAACCUGACCCUUGUCGCUAGGUAGAUCCAUUUUAGAUUAGAAACACGCACGCGAUCGCAACACCGACUUCCGCACAUCAUGGAUUUAUCCGAGGAACAAAUAUCUCGCGACGUACACAAUCACACAUUGCCGCAAUUCUCCGAAUUACGUCCGGUAUUGAAUGUUUCUGUCAGCAACGAGAACAUACAGUCUCCGAAUAACGAAAAUGCGCAGUCUCAAAUAGCGCAAACUUCUAUCUCUAAGAAUUUAAGAAAUUUGACUACGAAGCAGAUACCGGAUAUAACUUCAAUUUUGGACACAUGCGAUUUAAGCUUCUUCUCGCAUGUGUAUGAGAAUCCAGUGAAGCAGAUGAUUAAUGUUCCGAAUUUUUCAAAUAAUAUACUCUGUCUACAACCAAACAGUAUAUCGUCGAGUAUUCUUGCUAAUAUAUAUUCGCCUUCUAUGUCACAAGCAAAUGCUGCAACUGCUGCAAAGCAAGAGCUAGAUGUUCAGACUAGAGAGCAGAUAAACUUGAAUAAGGAAUCUCAAAUUCAAUUGAAUCAGCAGCAAACAUUAAUAAUGACUGAUUUUAUUCAAAAAUUACAAUCUACAUCCUUGCAACAACUGCUUAAAUUGCAGACAGAACAAGCAAAGAAACAAAAGGUAGAACAGGAAAAAAUAGAGCAAACGCAGAAUAAUAUUUUAAAUAUACCAAGCGUUCGGAAUCUUCAUCAGCAAAGUAGUAACAACUUUAUAAACUCGGAUCAGACAAUGGCUGUUAAUUUGAGAAAUCUGAACGUACAAAAUCAGCAACAAGAGAAUGAAAGCAAUUUGCAAACUGUACUCAAAAUAGAGCAACAAGUACAAACCGAUUUGCCAAAAAUUAGGAAGAAGUCGAAAUUUCGGCCAAAAGUGGGCGAUAUUAAAGAGAGCACUAAUUAUGAUGGAAUUGUUUUUUACUGUUGUCCAGAGUGCAAUUUAGGGUAUCCAAACAGGUCAGACGUCGAACAACAUAUGCAGGCUCAUUUACAAGAACGCAAGUACCAAUGCAAAGAAUGUGGUGCCAUGUUGAAGAGAAAAGAGCAUUUAGAUCAGCACAUGCGCGGUCAUUCAGACGAGCGACCUUUUAAAUGUUCAGUAUGCCAGAAGGGGUUUAAGAGAAACGAGCAUUUAACGAGACAUUGUGUUAUUCAUUCUGGCAACAAGAAUUUUAUUUGCCCCAUAUGUCAAAAAGCAUUCUCACGCAAGGACCACUUAAACAAGCACAUACAAACGCAUUUAGGCAUUCGAAAGAAUAAAACAAAGGAGGAUUCUUAUUAUAUCAAUCAAAAAGAUACAACAAGAUUAUUUGAUAACAGGACUGAUCCAGCGAUGUUAAAACAAGCAACCUAUAUAAAGGAUAGCUUAUUGAUAGAUGAAUCCAGUUUUGUUCAGAAGAAUAAAAUCCUGCUACAAACGAUCUCUUCCUUUAAAUAGCAAAUGUCAAAAAAUGCAAAUGUGCCUCAACAAGCACAGAGCGACAAUACGAACGGAAACGCAAGGUAUUUAAUGCCAUAGUAUAUGAAAUUAGCGCAUAUUCCAAAGCAAUAGAUGGCAAAUAAUAAAGGUAGUUUACAAGCACCAUUGAAGCCAUUAGAAUGUUCAGAACCGUCGCAAGUAAUUUCAAUUUUUGAAUUUAUAUUUUGAUACUGAAUGACCAUGAUAAAUUCAGAGACUUAUAGUUUGAAGCAGUUAAAUUAAUGAGCCAAAAUAUGAUUUGAAAAUGUACAUGUUGAAAAAUGCCUACAGUAAACAAAAAGAAAUAUAAUUGACAUAAAUAUAUGUGAAUGCGAUAUAUAUUAACAAAUAUAUUUCUAUAUUAUCAUGACAUGUAUUAUCAAAUAUAUUUCUUUACAAAUAUUCCCAAUGUCUAAUAAUUGAAUAAAAAUAUGCAAUAUAAAAAUUAAAAAACCUAGGUAUAUAAAACGCGGAAAACUUUCAAGUUCCUUCAACUAUAUAUGAUAUGAUUGUAAGACAAUAUGUUAUUUUACUGGUAAAUUAAUUUCUCACAAUUGGAUAAUCUUUAUUCAAUUUCUUUUUAAUUACAAGUUAUUUAUGCAAGUCUGGCAAAUGUGCUUUAUUUGUCACGAAAUAGUUCAAAUUAUAUUCAAAGUGAAUACAAAUCAAAUAAUAUAAAGCAAUCUAUAAACUUAGCAAUUAUUAAAAUAAAUUUUAGUUUGCUGAAAAAAACGAAUAAUUUGUUAACUGAUGCAUUAUCUUCAUCAUAAUUCUUGAAAUUUCAGAAAAAAGAUAUCACAUGUAUAAGUUCAAAACUAUUUUAAGAUUUUUUUAUGCUCUGGAUAAAAUAACUAUUCUAGCACAUAAAGAGAUAAUUAUGGGGAUAAAUUAAUGCAUAAAGUAAAUAAAUUUGUAUAAUUACACAUUUAUCUAUCUUACUUAAAUCAGCUGUAGAAGACAUUAUCACUUAAUAAUUCAUUGUUAAGUGGUAAU